UUGGCAUUGGAAUUUUCAAUUACCUCAAUAAACAUGAGGUGGAAGACUAUAUCGUCAUCGGUGAAGCAAACCUUGAAGCAUUCUCAAAUAAAAGCUAUCAAGAAGGCCGCAUUUCUGGAUACCGUGGAACUAUACAAGGCACGCUCGGGCGCGCCUCGUCAAGGUUUCAAUGAAUUCAUUUUAGCUGCUCUCAAGCAAAUGAAAGACUACGAAGUGGCAGAUGAUUUGGAGGCUUACAAGGCUCUGCUCUCUGUGCUGCCACGAGGUGGGCGAUUGAAGGCGAAAUCAUUCCUUCAUGCUGAUAUGGGAGCAUAUAAACAGCAGCAAGAUACUGUUACCAGACUUCUGAUGCAAUUGAAUGAUUCGAUUUUCUUGUCUCAGUUUGUACGCAUCUCAGGCAAUGAACGCUUACCUAGUUGUAUUUCCCGCCUCUCGACGCUCUCC